AUGAGCAAGGUACCAGACGCCUGGGAUGACGACUGGGAGACUCUCGCAGACAAGUCAAAGGACAAUGUAGCGCCACCACCAGAAUCCGCGCCCAAACUCAGCCAAGCCCAGCGACGAGCCCAGCACUUGGAACAGCAGAAGCGGCUCUGGAACUCCGCCGAGAACCCUGACCGCUUCCACUGGCUCGAAGCACAAGGCGCAGUUCCUCUCAAACAGGAAAUCAAACCACAGGUGCAGCUGCUUAGUCGAAAACCCGUGAUCGCGAAAAGAGGAGGGAUCGGCGGGCUGAGUCUGGAGGACGGCGACAGCGAUGAAGAGAGUCGCAAGCAGCGCGAGGCAGAGCUCGAGGAGCGGCAGCGAAAAGCCAAGCUGGAAAGAGAAGAGAAGCAGAGGAAGUACGCAGAGGCACGUGAGCGCAUCAUGGGAGCCCCCAGUCCCGCUCCUGCCACCCCUGCUUCACGAGAGAGUUCACAUGGACGCGAUGGUCGGAGAGCGAGGGUGAAGGUGAACGGGAGGCAAGAGAGUCAACCUUCUUCAUCUGCCGACCAAUCGCCAGCGCGGCAAACCGGCGGUGACAAGCAGUUGUUUGACCCGGAUGAUAUGGGUAGACGAUUGCCCAAGCGGGAGACGAAGACAACACCACUCGAGGAGCAACCGGCUCGACAACCACGCGGUCCCGAAAACAACGGCAGAGGGGGCUUUGGAUUCGCUGGACGCGGCGGCAAGACCACGGCGUGA